AUGAAUGGGUCUGACAAGCACCUUCUUAACUCCCCUGCGACGCUCGUUGUUGACUCGCUCAAGGGUCUGUGUGCGACGAAUCCGAAAGUAAGGUUGGAUACGGCGAACAAAGUCGUCUACCAGGCUGAACGAGAUGAUAGCAAGGUCGCUUUGAUUUGUGGAGGAGGCUCGGGACAUGAACCUUCACAUGCUGGUUUCGUGGGCGAGGGUAUGUUAACAGCCGCCGUCUGCGGGAACAUCUUCGCAUCCCCAAAUGCAAACCAAGUCCGCCGGGCUAUCGAGCUAGUCGACAAUAAACGAGGCACCCUCAUCAUUGUCAAGAAUUAUACGGGUGACGUUCUGAACUUCGGGUUGGCGAAGGAGAAUUAUGCGGCUUCGCAUCCAGAGAAGAUCGAUAAUGUUAAGUUCGUUAAUGUAGGAGAUGAUGUUGCUGUUGGGAGAUCGCAGGGGAAAAUCGUAGGACGUAGAGGUCUCGCCGGGACUGUCAUUGUCUACAAGAUUGCUGGUGCACUUGCUCACCGUGGCGCGAGUAUCGAAGAGGUCUAUAAGAUGGCGACUUGGCUUGCUCCAAGGUUAGGUACUGUCGGCGUUGGGCUCGAGCACUGUCAUGUCCCAGGAACAGAAGCCGCAAAGUCACAUCUAUCGGCAACAGAAGUCGAAAUCGGUAUGGGCAUCCACAACGAGCCUGGGCAUACUCGACUAUCCCCUGUCCCGCCUUUGAACAAACUAAUUGUCCAGUUACUCGAUCUCAUCAUGUCGACCUCGGACAACGAACGUUCAUUCUUACCAUUCAGGAAUGACGGAUCGGAUGAAGUCGUACUCAUGGUUAACAACCUAGGCGGACUGAGUGAGCUUGAGAUGUCUGGUAUUGCGAAUGAAGCGGUGCAAGUCCUGGGCGGAAGGGCGAAGAUUGAACGGGUAUUGGUUGGAAGCUUCAUGACAAGCCUGAACAUGCCGGGCUUCUCGCUAACACUUCUUCUAUUGCCUACAGCCUCGGACUCCAACGCUCCACCAAAGGCAGAUAUACUUUCCCUCCUAGACGAAAGACCUGAUGUACCAGGAUGGAGGUGGUCAUCACAGCAACCUCCUUCUCCUGUCCAGCAAAGUGAAGCAACAAAAAGCUACCCUAGGAUCAGUGCUGCAGACUCGCAAGGCUUUGUCAACGCGAUUUCCAAGGCUUGCAAGGCGCUUAUAGCCGCAGAGCCGGAAAUCACUCAAAUGGAUAACAUUGCCGGAGAUGGGGAUUGUGGAUUGACACUCAAAGCGGGUGCAGAAGGAGUGCUCAAGGAAAUCGAUAACGGAACCAUCACUGGGUCAGACACCAUCGGCGCCAUCCUCACAAUUGCAAAACAAGCCGAAGAGCAAAUGGGCGGGACGUCAGGCGCUCUAUAUUCCAUCUUCUUCUCAUCCCUCGCACAGGGGCUCGUCUCAGCAGCAGCUACAACAUCUCAAGUCUCUAGCGUUACACCAAACGUCUGGUCCUCAGCACUCGACUACGCAUUGAAUCGCCUUUACUCUUACACACGCGCUCGUCCGCCUUCGCGUACCCUCGUUGACCCACUCGCGGCGUUCGUCCAGACGUUCUCGACUUCUAAUGACUUUUCAAAGGCGGUGAAGGAAGCUGCUGAUGCUGCGGAAGCGACGAAGGACCUUGAGGCGAAGGCUGGUCGGAGUGCGUAUGUCGGAAGCGAAUUCUUGAAGAAAGAGAAAGUAGCUGAUCCGGGUGCUUGGGGAGUCAAGACAAUCUUGGAAAGUAUAUAA